GCGAAAAUACUUUGACCGUAAUCAAAAGAGUCUUUGCCUUGAAAUUAAAAAAAGAUGAAAUUAAUACAUUGAAAAGCUAUUCAAAGAUUGGCACGUCUACAAUUUUCAGAAAUGAAGUAAAAGUGCGCAUAACCGACAAGUGCAUUUUGAAAAAGCAUUGGUGAGGCUUCAAAAAGAUAUAUCGCUUUCAGUUACAUGACAGCUUACAUUUGAUCGAAGUCGUUACACAAUGGAACUAGCUAGAGCCAAUGAUGACAAACCGAAAGCCAAAAGGCGAAGAGAAACUGGAUUCGAAGAAUACGGAGGAUACAUGGGAGCGAAGGAGAGAAAACUGGCACUUCAAAAUGAGCAAAGACACAUCAACUUCAAUAAAGAAGUGUCAUCCAUCUCCUGUGACAGCACAAUCUCAAAAUCAAAUGCGAACAUUUUCAUAGGAACUAAAAUCCAUAUAAAUGGAUACACAAAGCCCUCCUCUGAUGCUUUGCGUGAUAUGAUCGUAUCCAGGGGAGGCCAGAUGGUGCACUUCUUCCAGAAGACGAAAGUGACUCACAUGCUGGCCAUGAACCUGCCACAGUCUAAAAUCAACUCACUUCUCAAGGUCAACACCGCCCAGGGAGGACAAAGCGGUCAUUCCUCUCAACCAGUGAAGGUUGUUCAUCCCAACUGGAUUCUGGAUUGUGUAGCAGCUGGUCGACUGCUGUCAAGUACUCCCUAUCUUCUGUUCACGGAAGAGGGACAGAAGAGAAGUGAAGUCCAGAGACGAGUAAAGUCACCUUCACAUUCGCCGUCUGCGAUACCAAAACAACCGGCAAUUUCUUCUGAAGAAUCGACGAUAGAACAAAUGAUAGUCGGUGAAUCUGAAACAAGACCAAUCUCAGAUAAUACCGGUGAUGCUCUUUUUGAGUCUAGUGGCAUACUAUUUGAAGAAACCUCUUCGAAUGAAAAAACAACUGAGAUUCCCAGAAAUCAACAACUGAAUGCAUCGCAGGAAGGCGAGGGCAGGAGAAAGGAUGAGGUUGGGAUACUCGCCUCGGCAAACGUCGAUUUCCCAAGUGAUAACUUAUCGCUUCUUAUCACUGAAUCUCUUUUUGAGGAGUCUCAAAAACAACAGGAAACUGACGAGCCUCCAGCUGAAAAUAUUUCGAAUCUAAUUGAGUUUGAAUCUGGCACUAGCAAUAGAAAAAAGUGCGAAAACAGCGCAGCAUUAGAUCGAGUUCAUCAAUGGAAGCUGACCUCGAAUCCCAACUACGAAUCAAGUACAUGCAUGCAAACAAAUAGACUUACUGUAGCUUCUUCUUCUAAAUUUGAUAGUUCGUCUAGAAUUGCGAAAGCAGGUGACAAAGAUUUCCUCAAAGAAUUCUACGGAAACUCUAGGCUUCAUCACAUCUCGAUGUGGGGCUCACAGUUCAAACAGCUGGUCAAACAAUUCCAGACCAAACCUCCAAAAGACGCGAUAAAUUGGGACACUUUUGAACCUCAAGACGCAGAUUUUAACUUGAGCAGCAUUAAUCAUAGGUGCAAACCAUGUUGCUGGGAACCAGCGUUAAACGAUCAUUCAAAUGAAGUGAAAGUUAUUCUGCAUGUAGAUAUGGACUGUUUCUUUGUGAGUGUGGGUCUUUUGAAGCAUCCGGAGUUGAGAGGCCAGCCGGUUGCAGUCACACAUAGCAAGGGAUCCGGUCCCGUAGUCAGUGACGAAGUCUCUGGAGGCACCAAGACCGAUAUCCUUAAAUCGUAUGCCGAAAUCGCUAGUUGCAGUUAUGAAGCUAGAUCUCGAGGCGUGAAGAACGGAAUGCUGAUGAAAAACGCGGUGGUUCUCUGUCCCGAACUGAAGACUAUACCCUACAAUUUCGAGGAGUACCACGAAACUGCGGCAACUAUGUAUAAUAUUGUUGCUAGAUAUUCACGGGUUAUUCAGGCAGUAAGUUGUGACGAGUGUUUUGUAGACAUCACGAACUGUGUGAACAAAUCUAACUUGACUCCAUGUCAAAUUGCGACCUUAAUAGUAUCGGAAAUAUUUGCUAAAACCAAGUGUAGCGCAUCUGUUGGCGUUUCGACUAAUAUGCUUCUGUGUCGCUUGGCCACAAAGAGCGCUAAGCCGAACGGAAUUUUUUCUAUCGGAAGUGAAAAUCAAAGAGUUUUGUUCAAACAUUUAGACACGCUCAAUGUAAUGGACUUACCAGGCGUCGGAUUCUCGAGUCGAAGCCAGUUGCAAUCUCUCGGAAUUGCUACGAUCGCCGACUUGAGGCUCCGGGAGCUAGUCGAGCUGAAGUCCGUUCUCGGCGGAAAAACAGGUGAAAUGUUGUAUAACUAUAGUCGUGGAAUCGAUAACAGAGAACUUAAUAGUGUUAUUAAACGCAAAAGUGUAUCGGCCGAAAUAAAUUAUGGAAUUAGACUCUCAAAAAUGGAUCAAGUUUACAGUUUUGUUGGAGAGCUGAUUUGCGAAGUUCAUAGACGGUUAUUGGAGUGUGAGAUGGUCACAAAAAGUAUUUGUUUGAAAUUGAGAAUAAGAGCACAAGACCAACCGAAGGAAACGAAAAAGUUCAUGGGUUGUGGAAUCUGCGAUACAGUCAACAAAUCCAAAAAUUUGCUUUCAUAUUCGAACAAUUUAGACUUACUGAAACGAGAAGUGUCACAGAUACUGAAAAAUAUCAAGUUCGACCCUUCCGACUUGCGAGGAGUGGGGAUUACUCUGAAUAAACUAGCAGAUGAAAGCAACACUGUUUCACCAUCUAAAUUCAGAGACAUUUCCAAAAUGUUUUCCAGGUCCAGAAAUUCGAACGUAAAUUGUAAAAAAGAGUUAAAAUAUCCACCUACUGCUGGUGGAAAUUCAGCAGCGGCAAAAAAUGUAUCAGAAGCCGUGAAAAAAUUAAAGCUAUGCCAAGUUGGUUCCAUGAAAACGCAUCAGCCAGAAACUGAAUAUCAUUGCGACAAGAAUGAAAGUGUAUCUAAUUUACGGAGAAAUUCAACUUUGUGGUCUAAAGCUGCGCAGAAAAGCGGAGUUUAUAUAAGCCCGAACGAAAAUAAUGAACCAGGACCGUCGGAGUGCAGACUGCCGACGAUCGAUUUGGACGACUUAAAUGACUACUUACUCGACUCAGACGACAAUGACCCUAGUGUCGCUAUAACAUCGAAGGUCAAAAGGUCACCUGAUGUGAACACCCGUCUAAUGCAGAAUCAGAGAGCCAAAUCGAGGCGCAAAACUCAAAUUCAAAACCAAAUCACAAUUCGUUAUGUGGCACCAGAGGUCAAAAAGAGCGUUUGGAAUCGAAGUGAACCCGCGAAAAACAAAAAGUUUGCGAGUAAUAUAGAUGACAACAAAUACGAAGAGCAGUUUCCAUGUUUUGGAGACACUUCGAACAUAGACGAAGCAUGCAAACUUCUCUAUGAUUGGAUUACGGAACCAAACUCAGAGCUCACCGAAAUGGACAGUGACAUCCUGGCUGAUUUUUGCAGUGAGUUGAUCAAAAGAGAUUACCUGUUCCAACUGACUGUCUUUCUCCGAUGCAUGCGACGACUCAUAGUGGGUAGAAAUUCACCAGAAUGGAACUCUGUCUUCAACCAAGUCUGCUCAAGGGCAUUAGAAAACGUGAGAGCAAAAACGGGAAUCAAACUCAAAUUGUGAAAAAAAAAAUUAAUCAAUGGCAUCUAAAUGAGUUAUAUCCUAGGUAAAUGGAACAAUAUUUUAGCACUA